CGUACAACCUACCACUGCCUCUCUCUCUCUCUCUCUCCCUUUCCUUCUCCGCUUGAUCGGUCCGAGCUCCGAUGGAGUGCUCCGCCGGCGAGCGCCGCCGAGCACCGGAGGAAUCCGCCGCGGAACCUCCCUACGGUCCCCAGGCGUGCGACGAGAUAGAAACAAGCGAACAGAUCAACCCGGCUCAACAGUCUAGGCGGCCGAAUCUGUCGUCCCUGCAGAUACCCGAGAGGUCUCUGGAAAGCGCCAUCUCCACUUUCGUGAGAAUCGAUAUCCCGUCGACGUCGAGUCCCGGUUCGAGCAGACUCGGGCUGCCCCCGAGACCCAAUUCCGCCAAGUUCAAAUCGUCCGUGAGGAAUCUGCUUCCUCAGAGGAGCCUCCGGGCGAAAGAAAUCUCCCGGGAUGUCGAGAAGGCGGUUCUCAUCGUCCCGGACGCUCCGCUGUCCGACGGUCGUCCUAAUAGGCCUAAUACCCCGAGAUCGUUUUCCCUCAAGGAAGUCUUCUCGCCUUCCUCGGCGAAAGUCGCGCAUUCUGUCCCAGUUACCCCGGUUACCAGUAUGGGUCCUGAAAAUGCGAGGGAAAGGCCAGUUGACGGUCCUAAUCACUCUGAAACAGAAGUUCAUCACCAUAUGACGCGAUCCUUCUCGGUUCCGGUUAAUGUCAAAACUACAAGUCUGAAAAGGAUAAACUCCGGGGGCCUCAUCCGUGUGAUUUCGGCCACACCUCGCCCUGAAGCCGUAGAUCCUGCCUCGGCGAAUGAUGCUCCUGCAGAUGAUAUUGGUAAUGAAGAUGCCGGUGAAGAUAUUCCAGAAGAGGAAGCAGUUUGCAGGAUUUGUUUGGUCGAGCUUAGUGAAGGAGGAGAUACUCUAAAAAUGGAAUGCAGCUGCAAAGGGGAGCUCGCACUUGCUCAUCAAGAGUGUGCGGUGAAGUGGUUCAGCAUAAAAGGGAACAAGACUUGUGAUGUUUGCAAGCAAGAUGUUCGGAACUUACCAGUUACAUUAUUAAAGAUUCAUAAUCCUCAGGGUGUAAUUAGACGGCCACCAAAUGUACAGCAGCAAAGGGAGGUACCUCGUUACAGGGUCUGGCAGGAUGUACCAGUCCUAGUCAUGGUCAGCAUGCUCGCAUACUUUUGCUUUUUGGAGCAACUCCUGGUAUCAGAUUUGGGACCUAGAGCUCUAGCCAUAGCAUUGCCCUUCUCGUGUGUCCUAGGCCUUCUUUCAUCUAUGAUUGCUUCCACCAUGGUGAGCAGGGGUUAUAUCUGGGCAUAUGCUUCGUUUCAGUUUGCCAUUGUGAUCCUCUUUGCUCAUAUCUUCUAUAACGUGCUUAGUGUGAACGCCAUUCUCUCGGUCCUACUGUCCUCAUUCACGGGUUUCGGGAUUGCAAUCAGCACUAACUCCCUCCUUGUGGAGUACCUUCGAUGGAGAAUGAGCAGGCAACUAAGACCUCGUCCUAAUAAUCCGAACAGAAGAGUGCAGGAGCGGCAGCAUUUGCACCCUCCGCAGCAUGAAGCACGCCACGAACAACAUCUAGAGCACUCACAACGGCAUAAUCACCACAUCCAUCACCAGCAAGAUCGUCAAAACCCGCACCACCAUCAACUUCAACCAACAGAAGAACCGAGUGUAGUUCCAAUUGAUAGAUCCAAUCGGCAAGAAAUGGGGAUUCAGCAGAGCACGUAAGUCCCUAUCACUGGGUCGAAUGCUGGUUUUCAUCAGGAGGUAGAGUUGCACGAGGUCUUCAAAUUGCGAAUGGUCAAAUUAUUUCACUGUUUCCUGAGAAAUGGGUGUUCAGAACUUCUAACCACACGUAAUGACCUGUGAAGCACUUCACUAUGAAGUAUAAAAUACAGAAGAAAAGAAAAGAUAAUUAUCUAAA